AUGGGGAAUGCAAGAGGUUCGGCUGAAGCGCCAACUGGUGGCGAUGGUGUUGACAAGGAGUGUAUUUGGAGAGUGUCUGCUUCACGGCGGGAACAGGGGAUGGGGCAUCUUUCGCCUGCAGAAGAGGAGAUGAUUCUGGAUCAGGCGUGUAGUGAAAGCGAGACAAGCAAACGCGGUUAUGGCGCGUCAGGCACGUGUUCCUGCCAUCACUUUGCGCGGAAAGAACCACUGGGAUAUUCAAGGUCAAAACUGCUGGACAUGGUUCUUCACUACUUCCCGUGCAUAUCAUAUGGUACCUGCAUGCGAUUGAGCAUUCCUGCACCACUGCAGCUUUUCAGCACCGCCAUAAUAGUUCCAGCAUCUCCAGAACAGCCUGAUAUAGCAUGGCCGCUUCUGAUCUUCCCUCGGCGCCACUGCCGUCGAGCGAGAGACUGGCUACUGUCGUUUGGCAUACAUGUAUCUCAGGGUCCUCUUUGGCUCUAA